AUGGCACGAAGAGUAGGGCCUCAGCACGUACCUGAGUUCUUCAUGGUUUCGUGUUCUCUCCGCUGGCUUGGUAACGGCUGUUAUUGCGUGUGCACUGACAUGGAAAUGACCUCGAUCGUCACCGUUUUAUACCGUAGUCGUGACUCAUACCAUAAAUCUGUUCCGACACCGAUUGCUCCCCUUGAUCUGUCGUCCGUCCGGACGCUGUAUCGAAAUGAAACGCAUAAAUCUGCGUUAUUGCCGAAGCCGACUGUAUUCGUCGACACCUACGCGGCCCAUUUCAUUCACGGUCGCUACCGCGGCCGACUUUACGACCAGCGUGUGACCUUAUGCGACGGCCCAGUUGGUCGGCGCCGUCGGCGUCCAUAUGUCUUUGCCUCAGUACACGUACCUCACGUUUAG